AUGCCCGUGGGGAGACCUUUGCAAUGUAGCCUCUUGUUUUCUCUAGGGACCUUCCCCAAACCCACCCUCUCUGCGGAGCCAGGGCCUGUCAUCCCCCAGGGAAGUUCCCUGACCAUCUCCUGUCAGGGGUCCCCAGGGGCUGAGGAGUACCGACUGUAUAAAGAGGGAAGCCCAGGACCAUGGAAAAGAGAGAAGCCACUAAAGCCAGGAGACAGGGUGAUGUUCUCCAUCACACACAUGAGAGAUAUAGAUGCUGGGAUAUUUCACUGCUACUAUCUCAACCCUGAUGGCUGGUCAGAGCCCAGUGACCCCCUGGAGCUGGUGACAACAGCAUCCUACAGCAAACCCAGCCUCUCAGCCCUGCCCGGCCCUGUCGUGACCUCAGGAGGGAACGUGACCCUCCAGUGUGGCUCAGGGCAGGGAUAUCACAGGUUCCUUCUGACUAAGGAAGGAGAUCAGAGACUCUCCUGGUCCCUGGACUCACAGACACAGCCCAGUGGGCAGUCCCAGGCCCUCUUCCCUGUGGGGCCCUUGACCGCAAGCCACAGGUGGAUUUUCAGAUGCUAUGGCUGCUACUACAGGGACAGGCCCCUGGUGUGCUCACACCCCAGUGACGCCCUAGGGCUCCUGGUCUCAGGUGCAUCGGGAAAGCCCUCCCUCCUGAGCCAGAAGGGCCCCAUCGUGGCCUCUGGACAGAGCCUGACCCUCCAGUGUCGCUCUGAUGUCGGCUAUGACAGAUUCGCUCUGCACAAGGAGGGGGAACGGGACCUCCCCCAGAGCCCUGUUUUGCAGCCCCAGGCUGGGCUCUCUCAGGCCCACUUCCCCCUGGGCACUGUGAGCAGCUCCCACGGGGGCCGGUACAGAUGCUACGGUGGAUACAACCUGUCCUCUGAGUGGUCGGCCCCCAGUGACCCCCUGGACAUCCUGGUGGCAGGACAGCUGUCUGACACACCCUCCCUCUCGGUGCAGCCAGGCCCCAGGGUGGCCUCAGGAGAGAACGUGACCCUGCUGUGUCAGUCACAGAGCCAAAGGGACACGUUUCUUCUGUCCAAGGAGGGGGCACCCGAUCCCCCCUCUCAUCUGAGAUCAGAGCACCAAGCUCAGCAGUUCCAGGCACAGUUCUCCAUGAGCCCUGUGACCUCAGCCCAAUGGGGCACCUACAGGUGCUACAGCUCAAGCAGCACCUCACCCUACCUGCUGUCACACCCCAGUAAGCCCCUGGAGCUUCUGGUCUCAGGUGAGGCCUGGGACUCAAGCCCCCCACCCUCAGGGCCCAUGUCUGCAGCUCAGGAACCAUUGGGGACCUUCCCCAAACCCACCCUCUCUGCGGAGCCAGGGCCUGUCAUCCCCCGGGGAAGUUCCCUGACCAUCUCCUGUCAGGGGUCCCCAGGGGCUGAGGAGUACCGACUGUAUAAAGAGGGAAGCCCAGGACCAUGGAAAAGAGAGAAGCCACUAAAGCCAGGAGACAGGGUGAUGUUCUCCAUCACACACAUGAGAGAUCAUGAUGCUGGGAUAUUUCAUUGUUACUAUCUCAACCCUGAUGGCUGGUCAGAGCGCAGUGACCCCCUGGAGCUGGUGACAACAGCAUCCUACAACAAACCCAGCCUCUCCGCCCUGCCCGGCCCUGUCGUGACCUCAGGAGGGAACGUGACCCUUCAGUGUGGCUCAGGGCAGGGAUAUCACAGGUUCCUUCUGACUAAGGAAGGAGAUCAGAGACUCUCCUGGUCCCUGGACUCACAGACACAGCCCAGUGGGCAGUCCCAGGCCCUCUUCCCGGUGGGGCCCUUGACCGCAAGCCACAGGUGGACUUUCAGAUGCUAUGGCUGCUACUUCAGGGACCGGCCCCUGGUGUGCUCACAUCCCAGUGACGCCCUAGGGCUCCUGGUCUCAGGUGAGUCUGGAAAGCCCUCCCUCCUGAGCCAGCAGGGCCCCAUCGUGGCCUCUGGACAGAGCCUGACCCUCCAGUGUCGCUCUGAUGUCGGCUAUGACAGAUUCGCUCUGCACAAGGAGGGGGGACGGGACCUCCCCCAGAGCCUUGUCCUGCAGCCCCAGGCUGGGCUCUCUCAGGCCCACUUCCCCCUGGGCACUGUGAGCAGCUCCCACGGGGGCCGGUACAGAUGCUACGGUGGAUACAACUUGUCCUCUGAGUGGUCGGCCCCCAGUGACCCCCUGGACAUCCUGGUGGCAGGACACCUGUCUGACACACCCUCCCUCAUGGUGCAGCCAGGCCCCAGGGUGGCCUCAGGAGAGAACGUGACCCUGCUGUGUCAGUCACAGAGCCAGAGGGACACGUUCCUUCUGUCCAAGGAGGGGGCACCCGAUCCCCCCUCUCAUCUGAGAUCAGAGCACCAAGCUCAGCAGUUCCAGGCACAGUUCUCCAUGAGCUCUGUGACUUCAGCCCAAUGGGGCACCUACAGGUGCUAUAGCUCAAGCAGCACCUCGCCCUACCUGCUGUCACACCCCAGUAAGCCCCUGGAGCUUCUGGUCUCAGGGCCCCACCCAAAACCCGCCCUCUCUGCGGAGCCAGGGCCUGUCACCCCCCGGGGAAGUUCCCUGACCAUCUCCUGUCAGGGGUCCCCCGGGGCUGAGGAGUACCGUCUGUAUAAAGAGGGAAACCCAGGACCAUGGAAAAGAGAGAAGCCACUAAAGCAAGGAGACGGGGUGAUGUUCUCCAUCACACACAUGAGAGAUCAUGAUGCUGGGAUAUUUCACUGCUACUAUCUCAACCCUGAUGGCUGGUCAGAGCGCAGUGACCCCCUGGAGCUGGUGACAACAGCAUCCUACAACAAACCCAGCCUCUCCGCACUGCCCGGCCCUGUCGUGACCUCAGGAGGGAACGUGACCCUCCAAUGUGGCUCAGGGCAGGGAUAUCACAGGUUCCUUCUGACUAAGGAAGGAGAUCAGAGACUCUCCUGGUCCCUGGACUCACAGACACAGCCCAGUGGGCAGUCCCAGGCCCUCUUCCCUGUGGGGCCCUUGACCGCAAGCCACAGGUGGAUUUUCAGAUGCUAUGGCUGCUACUACAGGGACAGGCCCCUGGUGUGCUCACACCCCAGUGACGCCCUAGGGCUCCUGGUGUCAGGUGAGUCUGGAAAGCCCUCCCUCCUGAGCCAGCAGGGCCCCAUCGUGGCCUCUGGACAGAGCCUGACCCUCCAGUGUCGCUCUGAUGUCGGCUAUGACAGAUUCGCUCUGCACAAGGAGGGGGAACGGGACCUCCCCCAGAGCCUUGUCCUGCAGCCCCAGGCUGGGCUCUCUCAGGCCCACUUCCCCCUGGGCACUGUGAGCAGCUCCCACGGGGGCCGGUACAGAUGCUACGGUGGAUACAACCUGUCCUCUGAGUGGUCGGCCCCCAGUGACCCCCUGGACAUCCUGGUGGCAGGACAGCUGUCUGACACACCCUCCCUCUUGGUGCAGCCAGGCCCCAGGGUGGCCUCAGGAGAGAACGUGACCCUGCUGUGUCAGUCACAGAGCCAGAGGGACACAUUCCUUCUGGCCAAGGAGGGGGCAACCGAUCCCCCCUCUCGUGUGAGAUCAGAGCACCGAGCUCAGCAGUUCCAGGCAGAGUUCUCCAUGAGUCCUGUGACCUCAGGCCACUGGGGCACCUACAGGUGCUACAGCUCAAGCAGCACGUCGCCCUUCCUACUGUCACUCCCCAGUCAGCCCCUGGAGCUUCUGGUCUCAGGUGAGGUCCCGUGA